GGCGGCGGCGGCGCAAAAUGGCGGACAGGUUCUCCCGCUUCAACGAGGACAGGGACUUCCAGGGCAACCACUUUGACCAGUAUGAAGAAGGGCACCUGGAGAUAGAGCAGGCAUCCCUGGACAAGCCGAUCGAAUCGCAGUUGGCCCAUAUUAGCUAAGCAGCCAUGAUCUGCCCAGUUUUUAAAGCCAGGAUAAUAUUGGACACCGCUUACUCCAGAAACAUGGCUGGAAGCUGGGCCAGGGAUUGGGGAAGUCGCUGCAGGCGUUAUGAUCCUGGACUUGUUGUGGUGAUGGUAAACUUAGCAGUGGUAAUUUUUUAUUUUCAGACUGAAUUACUCCUUUUGUCAUCAGUGCACCAAUAUGUUAGGCUUACUUUCUCUGUUGUAGCCAUCAUCCUUCUGCUUGGUCUUUCAUUUUCCUUUCCUUUCCUUUCUUUAUGCACACUUGUCUGAUCCUUGUUCAUUAAAAGGGUAUUGCUAAGAAGGGAUGUUUCUGUUUGUGUUAGAACUGCCAAAAUCAGUUUAAACAUAAAUUUCUAAUACUGUCCAAACAUGAUUCCCCCCACCACCACCAUGAUGGGCACUAGCACUUGCUACUGCAAUUUCCAACGAGAUUUGUAAAAUCAAACCAAAACAACCCAAAAAGAAAACUUUGACUGCCUUAGAAGGCAAAAGUACUGAUGCAUUGCUUGUGUACAGGGGUUUACCAGGGCAAUGAGGCUGCUUCCAAACAUCUCAAUUGCUGGAGAAACAACCAAAAAAAGACCCAAACCAAAAAGACAAAAGCUUGGAUAAAAACCUGUGUUGCUGGUGCUUGCGCCAGCCCUUCCAUUUGGGUUCCCACUUCCCAGUAAAUCCCUGGCUGAGACGUUAUGAAAGUGAUACUGCACUUAGGAAGUCAUUUUUAUAACCUGUCUUUAAUUUGGUCCUUUUGCUAAAAAUUGCAGUCACUGCUUGAUUUAUUAUACCAUUGGGCAGAAGAGAAACCUCCUCAAUCCGAGAACAUGGCAAAGAGCUGAGCGAAAGCUCCAGUCAGACUCCCAUCUUGGAUCAGGUUGUGGCCCUGGUGGCUCUGCCAGUCACAUUCCUGGCUGUACCAACAAAAGCUUAAAGCAAUUGAUUGAAUUGACUUGUUUCUGAUAGAAAACCACAAGUCUCUGGACUUGAAGAGUUUGAAAGACCCGAAUCUGAGCAGGUGCCCUCUGGGGUCUUCACUCUUUGGAGGAGCCAGAGCCAUACUGGAGCUAGAGAUAUAUUGGAGAAGAGGGAAGUUAAUGUUUGAUGCCUCUCUGGCUUCUCAGAGCAGUCUCAAAGACUUGAACCUGCUGUGCAGGUAGCUCUAAGGACUAUUUUUGGCACAAUUAAAACCUGUUAAUCUUUUUAGCCCAAAGGUAUAAUAUCUGUGUAUGUGUGUAUAACAAACCAGUUGUUUACACCAAACCAAGAGCAAUGCAAUGAUAAGGGCAGUAAACAUUCUGUUUUCUCACUCAAGGUAUGCUCCGGAGAAGGUAAGUACUUGUUCUGUGGGCUUACAUCACAACCCAGCGCCAGUUGUGAUGUAAAAAGAAAGAGAAUAAGAAUUGAAACCAAAACAAACCCCAAAAGCUGUGGUAGUAAAGUGCUUGUCUGCCCCAUUUUGCUUUGUUUGGCUGGUUAUGAGUGGAUUAAAGAUAUGUUUUAUUUAAAAAGCCAAAAAGAAAUCUCCAGCAUAGUUUGAUUAGUUCAAAGUCAAUUUUCUUCGCAACUCGUCCUUUUCACAGCUUACAGGGGAGCAGUGGGCAUGGGAGCAGCUCUGCAGAGCAGGGCAAGCAGAGCCUGGCCUACAUGGCCGGUGGGCCUUGGGGCUGGAGGAAGUUUGGCUUCCGAGCCACACUUCUGAGUCAGCUUCCCUGACUCGUGGAGCGGGAUAGAGCUGGUGGGAGGGAGGGAGAGAGGCUUCCACAUCCUGGACGGGAAAGUCCUGGUCAGUUAUGAAUGUGGGAGAGCAUGAAAAGGUAUUUAAUAGCUUUUUUGCUCAUAUCAGCAGAUGAGUACUCACUGCCUGAUAUGGAAGCAUUGAGGGGAAGGUGGAUUUCUCAAGUCCUGCCCUAGGACUUGUCACAGCUGAACAUUGACCACACCAGUAAUUUAUAUGAGCAGUUAAUGUUCAGAAAAUACCAUUGAUCAGUACUUGGGGUGCAUCUCACUCUUAACUGGUUUGGAGCUAAGAAGCAGUUUGGCUGUAAGCUGUGAGAAUGGCUUGUGUUUGGUUCACUGUAGCUUUCUGGUCUCUGCACUCCAAGGCAAGAUCUCUAACCACCCAAACCCAAUGUCUAAAGCGAACUGCAAUGACAGAGCAGCCACUGACCCACCUCUCUGUGUGUUCCUCUUCCAGGGAGAACAGACCCCAUCCCUAUCGUUGUCAAGUAUGAUGUCAUGGGCAUGGGGCGAAUGGAAAUGGAGCUUGAUUACGCCGAAGAUGCCACCGAGCGGAGGCGAGUGCUUGAGGUGGAGAAGGAGGACACCGAGGAGCUGAGGCAGAAAUACAAGGAUUAUGUUGAUAAAGAAAAGGCAAUUGCCAAGGCACUGGAAGACCUCAGAGCAAACUUCUACUGUGAACUCUGUGACAAGCAGUACCAAAAGCAUCAAGAGUUUGACAACCACAUCAACUCUUAUGAUCACGCUCACAAGCAGAGGUUGAAAGAUCUCAAGCAGAGGGAGUUCGCUCGCAAUGUCUCUUCCAGAUCACGUAAAGAUGAAAGGAAGCAGGAGAAGGCCCUGCGGCGCCUUCAUGAGCUGGCUGAGCAGAGGAGGCAGCCUGAAUGUGCUCCUGGAAGUGGACCCAUGUUCAGAACCACCACAGUGGCUGUGGAUGAGGAAGGGGGAGAUGAUGGUGAUGAUUCUGCAGCCAACAGCAGCUCUUUCAUCCAGUCAACUUCUGGCCAAGCUACAGAGAUGAGUAUGGACAGAGGUUUCUUAAACACUGGACAAGUUGCUGGCACUGUUACACCAAGCCAAAUGCCCAUCCAGGGAGCGCAAGCAAUCAGCUUUGGCAUCAAGAGUACUUUGGGAACUCCCCUGCAGAAGAUAGGUGUGUCUUUUUCCUUUGCAAAGAAGACUCCAGUAAAGCUUGAGACCAUAGCUUCUGUUUUCAAGGACCAUGUGGAAGAAUCGAAUGCUGCAGAUGGAGCAAAAGCUGAUGAGAAAGGGUCCUCAGAGGCAGGGAGCCUGCAGAAAUCUGGUGAGGGUGAAGGCACAAAUAACUCUGAUGGCAAGGCAGAGGAAGAUGACCAACAUGACAAAGACAGCGGGUCUCUAGCCACUACUUUGUCAAAACUAAAAAAGAUGAGACGAGAAGAUGGACCAAUGGCAAUUGAACCAGAAUACUACCACUAUAUUCCCCCAGCCCAUUGUAAAGUGAAGCCUAACUUUCAAUUCCUGCUUUUCAUGAAGUCUACCGAGCAAAUGGAAGCUGAAAAUGUGAACAAAAAAGCCACCCAUGAAGUGAAAAAGGGUGGUUCUCCAAAACCCAAACCCAGCAAGCACACAGAGAAGGCUGCUGAGAGCACAGGGCAGCAGAAGGAGCAGAGCACUACUGAAAGCACAGCUCAGCAGAGCAAAACUGAGCUAAGAGAAGUCCUGGAAAAUGCGAGUGUGCAGGAGAGCAAACAUCUGCCAGAGAGUGACCUCCCUGAGCUAGACACUGCUAAAGAAUCCCCACAGCCUGCCUCAGGCUGUAAGAAUGUCUCUGGAGGACCAAAGCAUCCCACAGGACCUUUUUUCCCUGUUCUAAGUAAAGAUGAGAGCACGACCCUCCAGUGGCCUUCAGAGCUUCUCAUAUUUACCAAAGCAGAACCAUCGGUUUCAUACAGUUGUAACCCCCUGUAUUUUGAUUUCAAGCUCUCUCGCAAUAAAGAUGGUAAAGGCAAAGGAGCAGAGAAACCCAAGGAGCCGGGGGGACUUUGUAAGGAAAGUGGUCAGAACACAGAACCUGGUGAGAUGAGCAAAGCCAAGGAGGCAGAAAGCGUAGCCAACAGUUCUGCUCUGAAAAUGGAAACCAAAUCUCUGUCCCACUGUGGCUCCCAGAACAAGCAGGAGUCCAGCUUGGCGACUGUUAGUAAGGGAGAGGGAGAAGAGGGUGGUAAAAGCAUAAUGGGGAAGAGCAAAUCUGGCAGGUCCCAUAAACACAAAAAGAAAAAGAAGCACAAAAAGUCCAGCAAACAUAGACGGAAACACAAGGAGGAGGCUGCUGAGAAGGGCCGGAAAACUGACGUGGGGGAAGAGAAACCCAAGAAACGGAGAAGACACCGGCACAAGAAAGGCAAGUCCUGUCUUUCAACUGAAUCGGAACGGGCCCUGAAAACAGAACUGCCCAAGGAGCGCGGGCACUGCCCAAGGAGAAAGCGGUGCUCCCAGGAGUCCCAGAGGAAGUCUCUGUCUGCAGAGGAGGGAAGUAGCAGUAAGAAAGAGGAUGGAGAUAACUCCUGUCUGGAGCACUGCAGCAGGAAGCGCAGGGCUGACCUGCCGCAGUUCCCUGCUCCAAGGCGGCGGUGUUCAGGUCCUGCUCCAGGCAGGGCCACCCGCAGGAGCCGGCAGAGCAGCGGGGACUACGACAGCGAGGAGGGCUCCCUCGGGAAGUGCUGCCGGCAGAAGUCCCCCUCGCACUACAGCGAUGACGAUGACUCCGGCAGCGAGCGGUCCCGGAGCCGCUCCCGCUCAGAGCGCAGGCGCUCCUCCUGCGGGUCCUACUCCUCCAGCUCCGACGCCUCCUCAGACCACAGCCGCUACAGCCACCGGCGGAGCUACUCGGACGACAGCUACAGCGAUUACAGUGACCGGUCGAGGUGCCACUCAAAGCGGUCCAAUGACUCAGAGGAUGACUCUGACUACAACAGCUCAAGUCACAGAUCCAAGCGGUACAAGUACUCCUCCUCAGACGACGACUACAGCUCAAGCCGGAGCAGGUCGAGGAGCCGGAGCAGGAGCACAACGCACCCUCGAGGCAGGUCACGAACGAGGAGCCGUGGCAGGACACGCAGCAGCAGCUGCAGCCGCAGCCGGAGCAAGAGGAGAAGCCGCAGCGCAACGGAGCGCAGCUGGAAACGGAGCCGCAGCUACAGCAGGGACCGCAGCCGCAGCGCCAGGAGCCACUCCCAGAGGUCCCUGUCACGGAAGGGCUCUCGAGGCCACGAGAGCCCCGAGGAGAGGAGACCUGGGAGAAGAGACUUCAUCAGGUCCAAAAUCUACCGCUCGCAAUCUCCACACUAUUUCCGUACAGGCCGAGGUGAAGGAUCCUUGCUGAAGAAAGAGGAUGGCAAAGGAGAGGAUCUGAAAGGAUCUGGCUCACUCUCCCAAAACAGCAGCAGCUCUGGCACAGGCAGAGCCUCGGAAGGGGACGGCAGCCCCGAGGAGAGAAACUCUGUCACUGCAAAGCUGCUCCUGGAGAAGAUUCAGUCAAAGAAGGUUGAGAAGAAGCCCUGCGUCCCUGAUGAGAUGCUCCCAGGGACGAACAAGGUGGGAAUAAAGCUCAAGGAUCCUCCCCAGGGCUACUUUGGCCCCAAACUUCCUCCUUCCUUGGGCAACAAACCGGUUCUUCCCUUAAUUGGGAAACUGCCAACCGUUCGGAAGCCAAAUACCAAGCGGUACGAGGAGUCUGGGCUGGAGAGAGGUGAGGAGCAAGAGCUGUCGGAUGUUGAGGAGGUUUCCCAGGGCAUUGAGGAGGCUCAGUUGGGUGGCCAGUCUCUCCUGGAAGAAGUGGUGAUGGUGAUUCAGGACAAGCCUCUGGAUGAGCAGAAACGGGACGAACCUGCUGUGGAAAUGCAGUCCAUUCCCCUCGAGGCACCGGCGCUCCCUGAGUGCUUCAGGUCUGGAGAUCUGGUUAUGCCGCACAGCUUCCUCCCAGAGCCGGGCGAUGGCAAUGGGCUAGAACCUAUGGAUGGGGGCAGCCAGCCAGUCCCAGCGGAAACCAGUAUGAUGUCCUUAGUUCCAGAUGUCGAGCACUUUCCUGGCUAUGUGCCUCAGGGUGGCGAGCCAAGCAUCGAAGGGGACCGGGAAGAAGAUUCCUCUCUAGCACCACUUGAGAGCCAGCCCAUCACUUUUACACCUGAGGAGAUGGAGAAGUACAGUAAGCUGCAGCAAGCUGCACAGCAGCACAUCCAGCAGCAGCUCAUGGCAAAGCAGGUCAAGGCCUUCCCAGCCUCAGCAGCCCUGGCUCCAGCAGCGCCUGCCCUGCAGCCCAUCCACAUCCAGCAGCCGCCGGCAGCCUCAGCCACAUCCAUCACCACGGUGCAGCAUGCCAUCCUGCAGCACCACGCUGCCGCUGCCGCCGCCGCCAUCGGCAUCCACCCACACCCCCAUCCCCAACCCCUUGCUCAGGUUCACCACAUACCCCAGCCCCACUUGACACCUAUUUCCUUAUCCCACUUGACCCACUCCAUUAUUCCAGGGCACCCUGCUACGUUUCUAGCCAGCCAUCCCAUCCACAUCAUUCCGGCGUCAGCCAUUCAUCCCGGCCCCUUCACCUUCCAUCCCGUUCCUCAUGCUCUUUAUCCAACCCUGCUUGCUCCAAGACCCGCUGCGGCUGCAGCUGCCACAGCCUUACACCUUCACCCUCUGCUGCACCCCAUCUUCUCAGGACAGGACUUGCAGCAUCCACCCAGUCAUGGCACAUGAAGGACAAAAUUAAGUAACCUCGGAGGAAGGAGAAUCUUGUGCAUUUUGGGAAGGGGUUUGGAGUUGAUCCAGCUGGCAGGUGAAGCCUGAGAAUUUCUUUUCACUCUUUAGCAGCCAAAGAAGCCAGAGGCUCGAGGGCUGGGGAGCAGCAGGCGGUGGGUCAGUCGUAAGCGUUGUGUAUAUCCACUACCAGGGACAGUCUCAUGUCCCCAACACCUCUGUGCACGUAGCAGCACUCUCUUAGGAGAAUCAUUUCACAUGUAGACCAGCAAGAUUCUUGGAAAGACUGUAUUUUUUUUCUUUUCCCUAAUUCUCACUCUUGACCAUCUCCCUUCUGCCACCUUGUACAUCAUGAAGGAGAUCCCGUACACGCUUAUAGGUCUCUAAGAACCCUUUUAAUGAGGUCAUCUAAUUGAAACAGUCAGCAUGAUUGAAUCCAGCUUGGAAUGGGUGAGAAAACACUGAGGAACUGGUGGCUGUGGAUGCUGAUGAGGGGGUGAAGAGAAGGGCAGGGCCACACUGGUUUCGGCUGGGCCAGCACCAGUCUUCAGGCAUCACAGGAGGUUCCUGGCUGCUGAUUUCGGGGGGAUUUGUCCUUGGGGUGAGCAGCAAAGGUGAAAUUAAGAUCUUACUGUAAAGAGGAAGAAAGGAGCUACACGUGUACCCGGAGCCUCAUGUCCUGGGCUACAGAGAGGCUCUGGGGUGGUGAUUCCAGUCUGGGGUUUGACCACUCUUCUCCUGAGAGGAGGGAAAACAUCUCACUGACUUCCAGCUCCUGUGGUGUUGGGAGAGAGGAGAAAAAUCCCUUUGGGAAUUAAAGCAAUACUGAGGCUUGGGGAGAGUGGCUGGGGUGUGUGAAGUGAAUUCCUCUUUCGUCUGUAAUACUGAUGGUUUCCUUAUUAAUUUAUAGGAUUUUUUUUUUUCAAUGUAAAGAAUUGCACUGAACUCUGUAAACAAAGAUGCUGCUUUUUGUAGCUCCUAUAAAAAGGUUACAUUUGUAGUAUAUUGCAAUAAUAUUUUUUACAGCCAGUUCUUUUAGUGGUACUUCGUUCUGGUGGCUUUUGUGUAAAUAGGUUUGCUGUAGGUGAAAUAAGACACUUGGAAAGGUUCCACUUUGGAGUUGCAGCUAGCUGCAGGACAACUUCAGCAUGUAUAGUUUAUCGAGCUCACAUAUUUUUGAAGUUUUUAUGUACCAUAAAAUGUAAAAAAAAAACUCAAAAAAUUAAUUGAAUCUUCCUUUAGCAUUUUACAGCAUAACACAAAGGCUGGGAGCAGGAGCAGCUCCAUGUCCCUGCUGUAGGAAUUGGACCCCGGAGGCACCCUUGGGAGGGGCAGAGUGUAAAACACCCGGGUUUGUCUCUGCUUCUUCCCCCCUGGACUCAAGUGGGUGACUGCAGCUGCCAGCAGCCUUCUGGUGAGGGAAGAGCCUUUGAACCCAUCCUCCCGCAGGGAGAGGUGGUUUAGGACUAACCCUGAUGUUCCCUAAGGGAUUGCUCAGUUCUUCCAGCUGAUACCACAGGGAGGCUCUUCCAGCCACAAGCUCUCCCAUCGCACUGGGCUUCUGGGAUUCAGGUCCUUGGAUCAGACCGGUUUGAGGGCACCUUCUGGGGUUGGUUUGGGAGCUGGCAGCAAGGUAUCCCCUUCCCCAUCCUCCUGGGUGGGCAGAGACUGAAAGGAUCAAAACCUCUGGAGCUUCUUCACUCUUGGAAUGGGAAAUGUUGUGUUUGGGCAGGUCUGAACCCCAGCAGUCACUAAAAGGGACUCAAUUUCUCUGUAAAUAAUUAAGAGAUUCAGUAUUAGUGUCUCAAUGCUGGGCUUCCUUAGCUUCUAGAUCCCACAUCCACAUUCUGGCACUCUUCACGCUGCAGCCCGGAGGGGGGGGUUGACUUCCAGAAUAGUGCUAAAAAUAAUUAACCUGUCAUUACUUACCAGGCAUAAACAGACUGUAUUUAACUUUGUCACAUAAGAUUAUAUAUAUAUAUAUAUAUAUAUGCUGUAAAAUGAGGGGAAAAAACCUUUCUAAUAAACCAGUGAUUUAUGGAAAAAU